GAUUAUUCAUUAUAAUUAUCAUUGUACGAUCCACAGUAUAUGUGUGGAUAGAUAUUUAAUCAUUUUUAAAUUUUCAUGAAAAAUGGCUAAAUUUAUAAUUUUGAUAUCUGUGGUAUUACUUAGUGUUUACCUUACGGAACAAGCACAUUUCUUAAGUAAAGAAUAUGUAGACACAAUUAACGAAGUCGCUAUAACUUGGAAGGCCAAACAAAAUUUUCCCGAAUAUAUGACCAAAGAACAAAUCGUCCGAUUGUUAGGCUCGAAAAGUGUCAAAGGCGCUCUUAAAAGUCCAAUCAAGGAAUAUGAUAGUAAGUACACGAAUGACGUCGAAGUCCCAGAUUUUUUCGACGCAAGAAUAGAAUGGAAAUAUUGCAAAACAAUUGGGGAAGUCCGUAACCAAGGAAAUUGUGGAUCCUGUUGGGCACAUGGUACUACCGGAGCGUUCGCUGACCGACUGUGCGUAGCGACGAAUGGAGAUUUCAAUGAACUCAUAUCCGCCGAAGAGCUGACUUUUUGCUGUCAUACAUGCGGUUUCGGAUGUAACGGAGGUAACCCGAUAAGAGCAUGGCUAUAUUUCAAAAGACACGGCGUCGUCACCGGAGGCAACUACAACACCACCGAUGGAUGUCAACCGUACAAAGUACCACCUUGCAUACGAGACGAAGAAGGACAUAAUUCGUGUUCGGGACAACGGACAGAACGCAAUCACAGAUGUAGUAAGAGUUGUUACGGAAACACAACGUCCGAUUACAAAAAUGGCCAUUACAAAACGAAAGACGCAUAUUACCUCUCCAACAAUACAAUGCAGAUAGACACGAUGAUAUACGGACCAAUCGAGUCGUCAUUUGACGUUUACGACGACUUUGUGAAUUACGAAUCCGGAGUUUACCAAAAGACCGAUAACGCGUCGUACUUGGGAGGACAUGCGGUCAAAAUGAUCGGAUGGGGCGAAGAAAAUGGCACACCGUAUUGGCUGAUGGUCAACUCUUGGGGCGAACAAUGGGGCGACAAAGGGUUAUUUAAAAUACGCAGAGGCACAAACGAAUGCGGAAUUGAAGAUUCGUCCACAGCGGGCGUGCCGUUAGUAUGAGACGCACAUUCCAAUUAUUAUUGUUUUGAUACACGUCAUUAUGCACUUCAUCCACUUAUAUUAUUGUUUAUGUAUAAGAUUACGUGUUAUGAUAUUUGUCGAUUUUAUUAAUAUACAUUUUACCAUAUGCAUAUACGGCGAUGUCAGCCUGUUAUGAACCAAAUAUAAUCACAUUAAUUGAAUUUAGAGUCAUAAA